UCAUGCCUAAACUACCACAACUUCCCAUAUCUCUAACUUCUUCACACGCUCAAAUUCUAUCUUGAACAAAGACAAAAGCUCCUUGGAUUUUAGAUACCCCUUUCUCUCCCUCCCCCUCCCUCUGGCUAUGUUUCUGGUGCUAGCUUCAUUAGAUGUCAUAUCAUCUUCAUCUCUGCAAAUCCAAUCCAACCAUUAGAUACUGAAAUCCCAUUUUGCUCUUUUUUUAUAACUUCAUAGAAUUGCUCAAACUUUGUUCUUUUCUUCGGUUUAUGUGCUCUGUUUUUUACUCUGUUUUUCAUGGCUGCUGCUGCUGCUUUGCAAAGCUUACAAAACCAUGACAACACCAACCAGGAUGUUAGUAGAAAAGAAUUACAGGCUGCCAUUGCUAAGGCAGUGGAUCUUAGAGCUUUACAUGCUGCUGCUUUAAUGCAAGGGAACAGCCCUGCUAAUCUCAGAUUCCCAUCUUCUUCCCCUGUUUCACGCUCUGUUCCAUACUUUUCUGCUCAAGAUUACCCUGUUUUUACCCCUAGUUAUGAGGAUGAACCAUUACCGGGACAUCAUCAGAUUCUUACAAAAGCAAGAACAUUAUCAGAAAGUUGGGAUGAGUUUGGCAUAGAAGGACGAAGUGGCUAUGAAACUGUUUUAUCAGAUUAUAAGAAGGAGGAUUCGUCGUCAAGGAAAGGAAUUCCUUCUGAUAUAUCCAAUAUUUGUCCAGCUGAAGAUCAAAACUCUGUCACUAGUUCAUCAGUAAACAACAUCACUGUGUAUCAGCCUGAAACAGAAUCUUACAAGUUUUCUAGGAUGAAUAGCUUGGCAGACUUCAAAUCCGUAUCAUCUUUCAAUAGAUGCAAGCCGGCUACUAUAACUACCGAGUCUGGAAAGGUGACCAAGAAUAGCAAGCAUUCUAAUACUGUUUUGCCAUUGACUGAUUCUCAUUCAUCCCUUCAAUCACAACCGAAAAGUCGAAGAGUGAUGUCUUGGUUGUUUCCUAAGUUAAGGAAGAAGCAGAAGAAUGAUAAUUCAUCGAACCAAACCGAAUCCGAGGAGGUUUCGCAGACUUUCAAGGACUUGGGGAUAUUGUCAAUUGAAUCAUUGAAAAGAAAAUUGAUGGAAGCAAAUGAGCAUAGAGAUGCAGCCUUAACGGAGGUUGCUGAGAUGAAAUCUUCGUUGGGGGACCUAAGGUACAAGCUUGAGUACUUGGAGAGUUACUGUGAGGAGUUAAAGAAAGCUUUAAGGCAAGCGACACAAGCAAAAGACUCACAAGUUGUCGAAAAGCUCGGAAACUUGCCAAAUAGAGGGAAAUCCAUUGAUGGAAAAGGAGAAAACUUGAUGCCGGUAAGUGAAGAGGUGAUGGUGGAAGGUUUCUUGCAGAUAGUAUCAGAAGCAAGACUUUCGGUGAAACAAUUCUGCAAGACUUUAGGACAGAUUGAAGAAACAGAUAGUACUCUCAUGGACAGCUUGAACUUGCUUCUUCAACCAUAUAAACUGUCUCUAAAAUCAAAGUAUUCAAAGGCAGUACUAUACCAUUUGGAAGCCAUAAUAAACCAAUCACUCUACCAAGAUUUUGAGAACUGUGUGUUUCAAAAGAAUGGCUCGCCAAAGAAUCUAGACCCAAACCAAGAUCGUCAAGCACAGUUUUCGUCGUUCGUUGCAUUGCGAAAUCUAAGCUGGAAUGAAGUAUUAAGGGAAGGGACGAAGUACUACAGUGAAGAGUUUAGCAAGUUUUGUGAUCAGAAGAUGAGUUGUAUUAUUACAACAAUAAACUGGACUGCAACAUGGCCUGAACACCUUCUUCAAGCCUUUUUUGUUGCUGCUAAAUGCAUAUGGUUGCUUCAUUUGCUUGCCUUUUCAUUCAAUCCCCCACUGGGAAUUUUGAGGGUUGAAGAAAAUAGAAACUUUGAUCCACAUUUCAUGGAAGAUAUGCUCAUGGAUAGGCAGAGAUCACACCGCCAGAGACGGGUUAAGAUUAUGGUGAUGCCAGGGUUUUAUGUCCAGGAUAGGGUUUUAAGAUGUAAGGUUCUUUGCAGGUACAAGUCUGUGCCUUAAUUGAUUUAGCAUCUGCUGCAAUUAUGUAUCGAGACAGAAGAAAUAGAGAUAGAGGGGACUCCAUGUUUUCUAUUUUAAAAGGAUAAAUAUUCACUCUAAAAUUAUGACAAACAAAUUUAUAAUAUUUAUCUCUU